AUGGAACCAGUAAAUUCAGGCUUACCGAGGUUUGAUCCGAGCGACACCUCCACUGUUUCAAACCGAUGGAAGAAGUGGAAGCGGUGUUUCGAGAUAUUCUUGGAGGUAAACAAUGUUACCAUAGCAGAGCGAAAACGUUCAUAUUUACUACACUACGCCGGCAGCGACGUGCAAGAUAUUUAUUUCAAUCUGAAAGGAGAAGAUGAGAUACAAGUUCCGAACGGGUCGGAUAUUUACAAAGAAGCAAUUAAACUACUGGACGAUUACUUUUUGCCGCUGAAAUGUUUACCAAGAGAGCGACAUAUUUUUAGAAAUCUGGAACAAGCGGCGGAUGAAUCAAUCGAGAAAUUUGUACUACGCUUACGUGAACAAGGAAAUUUGUGCGAGUAUGGAGAGUGGCUAGAAGAAAACAUCAAGGAGCAAAUUUUCGAGCGAGGACACUCUGACGAAUUGAGAGCCAAGAUUUUAACGAAAGGUAACAUGACGCUUGCACAGACAGUAGAGAUGGGUCGUUCACUUGAGACCAUCGCUAAGCAUCGACGAAAUCUACAGAAGCAUGAAGAGGUAAAUCGCAUUUCUAGCUCGAGGGAAUGUUAUCGGUGUGGCCGCCAGGCCCAUUACGCAAACGACGAAGACUGUCCGGCACGUGACAAGAAGUGUGAAAAAUGUAAUCUACUGGGACAUUUUAAACGAUGUUGCAAAACUAAGCCGAAAAAUUCACGCAAGAACAAAGAAGGUGGAAAGAAAAAAGUACGUCAAAUCGUGAGCGAUAAUUCAGACACUGAGGAAGAGGAAUGUCGAGAUUCAACAUCUGAAGAUGGAAAUAACGUCAACUUUGUGUUUGCAACCAAUCCGGACCAAAAUGAAAUGGUUAAAUGUAAGAUCGGAGGAGUAAAAUUGAAUUGGACGAUCGAUUCCGGAGCAGGAGUUAACGUUAUUAGCAGUGAAACAUGA